ACUCAAACGAGUUCAUCAUAUUGAUAUAUCCUAUUUUGCAGUAAUUGCAAUGUAUAAUUAAUUGGAUAUCACACUGGGUGAUGAUGGAAGAAGCGACUUGAGAUCAUGCUGCAGCAGCGUGGUAUGGACCCAUCAAGAACCCUACAUAAGCACCUGGGACGUGAGUUGCGACUCAGAAAAGAAUUCAACAACUCACUAUACACGAGUUCUACAACACAACGAUAACCCAAACGUACGCUCCUUUUUAACUUGAAUUCAUUCUAACUGACCCGGACCUCUCUGUCUAGGUCGCACAAUAUGUCGGAAGUAUCUGAUACAGCAAGAGAUACUUUUCAAGGGCAGCCAGCGCCAACGCGGGCGACGCGACGGCGCAAGAACAAAGUGUGGGCGGUUGCAUUCUUCAACGAUGGUCGACGGGUCGUCACCAGUUCGCAUGAUAAAACCCUGCGAAUUUUAGACGUGCGCCAGAUAGGAGAAAUGGUAGGAGGGCCAUUCAAGGGGCAUACGGACCGUGUGCGAUCAGUCGCCAUAUCUCCAGAUGACCGCCGAAUUGCGAGUGGUGGGGAUGAUGCUACUGUCAUUAUCUGGGAUACCGAGAGCAAACAGAUGGUACUCAAUCCGCUGGUGAAGCAUACAGAGAAGGUGAACUCUGUGUGCUUCUCCCCGGAUGGAAGGAGAGUCGCAAGCAGUUCGCAUGAUUCGACGGUUGUUGUAUGGGAUGCAGAGACUGGCGCAGUCCUUGCAACACUCGAUCAUCGUAAAACCGUACACGUGUGGAGUGUGUCAUUUAGCCCGGAUAGGCUAAAAUUAGCAUCCGGAUCAUCUGACCAUACCAUCCGGGUGUGGCGCACCGUUAACGCCGAAUGUUUGCUCAAGAUCAACGCUGGCCAAUGGUCAGUUCGAAGUGUUGUGUGGUCGCCUGACGGCAACCAGCUUGUCUCUGUAACAUCCAACAAUACAGCCAAGUUCUGGGAUUCAUCUAGUGGAGAAAAGAUCGGUCAACCGUGCAUCGGUCACACUCGCUGGAUCACCUGUCUUGCCACCUCUUCAGAUAACUCCGUCAUCGCCACAGCAUCGGACGACAGCACUGUGCGGCUGUGGUGCACAAAGACACAUAAGCAGAUAGGACAUAUACUUGAACACACCAAAAAAGUCCACUUUGUUGCGAUUUCUCCCGAUGCAGAGCUACUCGUGACUCGGAGUGGAGCCGAUGAUGGAGAUCUUCAGCUUUGGUCUGUUAGGGAUAUACGGGAGCAUGGUAAGGUGGAGGAAAGCACAACAGACUACGAAGAAGUACAGGCACGUUCUUACUCGUUAUUGUUGUGCCUUUCUAUUCAUCACAUUUUUUACGUGCUAACUAGUGCUGCCGUGGUCCGGUUCGGUCCGGUUCACAGAGGGUCGAGCGAGAACCAAGAACUGGACCUAGGUCCGGUUCUACCAGACUCAACGAACCUCGAACUGGACCUUGGCGAACGGUUCAGAAUGGUCAGGUCCAGUUAA